CCAUUUCCAAACUCAUACUUGGCUGUAUAGAUGGAAGAACCCAAAGUAAAAGCUCGGUGGGAUCGAGAGGCCACCAGAAUUUUCUCCUUCAACGCACAGACCGGAAGAAACUAUGUACAGAAGCAAUUCAAGAAUCGUUGGGAUGAUAUGAAGGCUAUAUACUCUGCAUGGGUAUUUUACAAAAACAAAGCUACUGGGCUUGGAUGGGAUGAUGUGAAGCAAACUAUUACAGCAGACGAUGAUCAGUGGGCUUCAUUGAUUGCGCCAAUUAAAGCUUUUCGCCAUGGACCUCCAGAUAGCUUGAAUGAGCUAGCAAUCAUGUUUGAAAAGGCUAACGUUGAUGGACUCUCAUCUGUCAUGCCUGGAGUGGAUAAUGAAGAGGUGGAAGAAACUGAAACUGAGGAAGAUAUACAUAAGUUGUAUGAAGAAGAGAAUGAGACUCAAGAUCCCAGCCCUGUUCAACCAAGCCCAGCACAACCAAAGCGCAAGCGUCCAAAAAGUGCAAUUCCUUGUAGUCCAUCCAAGUUCAAGAAAAAUAAUGUGCCAAAGGACUUCAAGAGGUUUGUUGAUCAUGUCAUGCAGGAAGAUUGUGCGGGCCAAACUAGUAAGACCGCUGACAAUGAUGAUAUUCUUGCCAUCAUGGAAGAGGUUGCCAAGUGUGGAGCCUCCGAGACUAGUGAUGAGUACUAUAUGGCUACAAAGUUAUUUGCUAAACCAUCAAACCGCAACUUCUUUUAUGCAAUGAAGACAAAUGAAGGGAGACUCAAUUGGCUCAAGAGAUAG